AUGUCAAAACCCUAUACAGAUUACAAGCUAAUAUCGAAUAAUUCAAAUGGAUUCAAAUACAACGUUAUGAAAUUGAAUAGCAAUAAGCAAGUGGAUCUGUCAACCCUCCCACAGCCACUCAAGCUUAACAGAAAAGAUCCAAAUCAUUUACUCACUCCAGUUCCAAAGAGGGACGAAUCUGGUAAAAUAGAGUUGGAUGACAAUCAUAAUCCCAUUCUAAUCGAUCCAAUAACAAAGCAAGAUAUUCCACCUAUACAGCAACCUUCCAAGCACUUUAAGAAGAAGACAAAGCAGGUUUUCAUGGCAGAUGAAUCCACCAUUGAGUUGAGAAAGUCGGAGAGAUUGCCUUGGAUUAUGGAAUCUGGCGACUCUAUCUGGCAAGGUCAGUUGGAUGGAAAACCACAGGAUCAGUCUUACGUGAUGCUCAUUUUCAAUAAAAAUCAUGAUUUCAAGGUUGAGCCGACUAAUAAAAUCUACAAAUUCAAUCCACAACCAAAUUAUAACACGCUAUCAAUUGAUGAGGCUGAUCAGAUAUAUAGUAAAGGUGUUGAUAAUCCUUGGUUUAUGAGAAAUAAAGCUAGUAAUGACGGUGGUAGUGUUAAUGACGGUGCUGUUGAUAAUAACAAUCCAUCUACCUCCCAUCAACGUCUACAAUCUAUUCUUAAUCACGCCCCAGACUCCUCAAAACCCUCCACUCAAAAACGCAUGCAAGUCGAUAGAGGUGAAGUUAAAGAUGAGACCGUAGACGCCCUAUUCGAUGAAAUGGAGUUUGACGAAGAAUUCCAAGAUGACGACGAACACGUCAUUCAAGAUAACCAAGAUGACGACCAGCUUAAAGAACUCGAAGAUAAGAUUAAGAAGGAGAUGCACCAGGCUAACAUUGGUCACGUCGAACAAACUAGCAAUCUCGAUGAUGUUGAAGAAGAUAUUAAGCCGUUCCAGAAAUCCCACACGGAGAAGGAAAUGAAGAGGUUUUUGCGUCGACAUGACAAGUCUAACGCAGAGGCUUACGAUUCUGACAAUAGUGAUGACGACCAAGAAGAAGAAGAGCAACGCAAGAAGGAGCAAGAAGAGCAGGAGAAACGUCAGCUCGACGCACAAGAAAACGACAAGGCAACAUCGCUGACAAAAUCAAUAAAGAAAGAACACACACCUGCAUCACUUGCAGCCCAACAAGUUGCACGCAGGGCCACAUCACCAUACAACAAACAACGCUCUUCUUCACCUUCCUCCAAACGUAGUAGAACGGAUAUCGACGAUCGGCACGACAGUAAGAAGAUUAAAGUCAAGAGGGAGAGUAUGUCACCAUCAGCCUCCCCUUCCACACCACCCAGCUCGGCAGAUCUGCAGCUAUUGCAAGAGGAUGAAAUUAUCGCGUUCCUUAGAGGAAAGUCUCUCACUACUAGCGACCUUAUCCAGCAUUUCAAAAAGAGAUUUAAAGCUCAGCCUAGGAAUAGAGAAGUUAUUGGUAGUGUACUUAAAAAGGUCGCUAGCAGAACUAACGAUGGCAAGCUCCAGCUCAAGGAGGGUCUUUAG